GCGGGCGGCGGCCGCGGCACCGCCUCCCGGCCGGGGCCGGGCCGGGCAGUGCGGGCAGCUCGCUCCCCCUCCGGCCGGAGCGGCGGGCGCGGCUCGGGGGGGGGGGCGGCGCGGCGCGGCGCGGCCGCGGGGAGGGAGGCGCCCGGGGCGCGGCGCGGAGCCUGCGGAGCCGGGUGCGGCGCGGAGCCCGCAGCGUGGAGCCCGGGCGGGCGGCGCCGGCGCUGGAGCGGGCGCGGGGCCCCCGCAGGCGGGACCGGGACCCCCGGCAGGGUGAGGCCCCAUUGCAGCACCGAUGGACAGUGCGUACUCAGUGGAGCCAGUGCCGCAUGGUGCCGGCCCCACCUCGCUGGAUGUGCUCAGCUUCCUGGACACCCUGGCAAACAGCACAGAGGAGCAAUGCUUCAGUGCCCGCUCCCGCAGCACUGUCCUGCAAGGCCUGCCUUUCGGUGGCGUGCCCACUGUGCUCGCCAUCAACUUCAUCCUCUGGCUGCUUCUCCUUCUGGUCUUCUCCUGCCUUCGGAAAGCAGCUUGGGACUAUGGGCGCCUGGCGCUGCUGAUGGACAAUGAUAGUUUGACGUCGCUUUUCUAUGGCGAGCAGAGUGAGAAAGAGAAGUCCCCGUCCGAGACCAGCCCCCUGGACGUGGACAACAAAGACGUGGGAUUCUGCUCAUGGCUCAUUUCUAUCUACCAAAUGAAGGAUGAGGAGAUUCAGAGUAAAUGUGGGAUCGAUGCCACCACAUACCUCUCCUUCCAGCGGCAUCUCCUGGUCCUGCUCAUGCUGGUCUGUGUGCUCUCUGUGGCUGUCAUCCUGCCUGUCAACUUCUCGGGGGACCUCCUGGGAAACAAUCCCACCCACUUUGGGCGGACAACCAUCGCCAACAUCCCAACACAGGACCGUCUCCUGUGGCUGCACAGUAUCUUCGCCCUCAUCUAUUUCAUCCUCACCAUCCUCUGCAUGGCUCAUCACUCUGUCCAUCUUGAAUACAGGGAGAACGAGAAGGUUGCCCGGACACUGAUGGUCACCCGGAUUCCCAAGGAGAUAACAGAUCCUUCCCUGAUCAUCAAGCAUUUCCACGAGGCCUACCCCAGUUGCACCGUCACCAACGUCCAGUUCUGCUUCGAUGUGCGCAAGCUGAUGAAGCUGGAUGCGGAGAGGCGCAAGGCAAUGAAGGGGCGACUUUACUUCACCACCAAGGCACAGAAAGAGGGGAAGAUCAUGAUCAAAGCCCACCCUUGUGCCCGCAUCUUCUGCUGUCGCAUCUGUGGCUUUGAGGAGGUGGAUGCCGAGCAGUACUAUGGGGAGCUGGAGGAGAAACUCACGGACGAGUUCAAUGCCGAGCGCAAUCGCAUCACGCUCAAGCGGCUCGACAUGGCCUUCGUCACCUUCCAGGAUGAGAGGAUGACGGCUGUGAUUUUGAAGGACUACAGUCACAUCAGCUGUCGUAAGCACCCCCAGCAAUCCUCUGUGACUACAGUGGUCAAGUCACACCACUGGGGUGUUUGCUAUGCUCCUGCGCCCAGUGAUAUAAUCUGGGAGAAUUUAUCGGUCCGUGGCACAUCGUGGUGGGUGCGAUUUAUCCUCCUUAAUAUCUGCCUCUUCAUUCUCCUCUUCUUCCUUACCACACCGGCCAUCAUCGUCAACACCAUGGACAUGUUCAAUGUCACACGGCCUGUGGAGAGCCUCAAGAAUCCCAUCAUCACCCAGUUCUUCCCUACGCUGCUGCUCUGGGCCUUCUCCGUCUUCCUACCCUUCAUUGUCUACUACUCUGCAUUCUUCGAGUCACACUGGACGAGGUCAAGUGAAAAUCAACUCACAAUGCACAAGUGUUUCUUUUUCCUGGUGUUCAUGGUCAUCAUCCUGCCUUCACUGGGGCUGACUAGUUUGGAUCUUUUCUUCCGAUGGCUCUUUGACAUGCACUUUCUGGAUGAGGCCGAUAUCAAGUUCCAGUGCGUUUUCCUCCCUGAUAAUGGCGCUUUCUUUGUCAACUACGUCGUCACCUCCAGCCUGAUUGGGACGGCCAUGGAGCUGUUGCGCAUCCCUGGCCUCCUUGUCUACACCACCCGGCUCUGCUUCGCCAAGUCUGAGCCCGAACGGCUCCACAUCAAGCGGAGUCAAGCCUACCAGUUCCAGUUUGGGCUGGAGUACGCCUGGACCUGCUGCAUCUUCUCAGUUGUCAUGACUUACAGCAUCACUUGCCCCAUCAUUGUCCCCUUUGGUUUGCUCUACAUGCUGCUGAAGCACAUGGUUGACCGGUACAACAUCUACUAUGUGUACAUCCCCACCAAGCUGAACCAGCGCCUCCAUGUCGCUGCCAUUAGCCAGGUCGUGGUGGCCCCCAUCCUCUGCAUGUUCUGGCUGCUCUUCUUCUCCGUCCUGCGCCUCGGUCCCACCCGCCCUGUUACCCUCUUCACUUUUGUGGUCCUUCUGUCUUGCAUCAUCUUCUCCUUCUUUGGCCUCUGCCUGAAGAAGCUGCAGCCACGGAAACCUUCCAGCUACCAGAUGUCCGACCAGUCUGACAGCACCUUCAACGACACGGAGCGGAGCAGCGUCUCCUCCACCCCCAACUCCAAUCUCUUCGUGGCUGCGGUCCUGCAGGAGCCCGAGCUGAGCCUGACGCCGGCGGCCUCCCCGGCGCACCAGUCCUACGGGACCAUGGGCAACCACCUGGAGCCGGCGGAGGAUGGGGAAGAGGGCGGCCUGCAAAGCUUCGAGACAGAGCUGGAGGCGGUGGAGGGCGAGUACAGGACGGGGCCGGUGAUGGAGAGCCAGGCCCGCUACCAGUGAGCGUCCCCCCCACCGUGGUGAGGACCGGUGAUGGCUGAGAGCGGAGGAUGUACGAGGGGGCAGGAAGGAGCCUCCCCCGCCAGCCCAGGCUCCUGCACCACCACGCCGACCCUGCUGCCGCCUCGUGGGCACCAGCACCCAUGGGGCCAGCGCCUGCCUGCCUGCCCCAGCUCGCCAAUGGGCCCGCGCAUGGGUGGUACUGGGGGCCUAGGGCCGAAGGGCAGCAGGACUGAUGUGCGGGAGAGCGCCCUGUCUCACCCCAUCCCAGGUGUCCACGCACCCCUGCUCUGCAGCCCACCUCCACAGCUCCUUGCCUCCACCGGGGACCAGGUUUGGCUGCCCCAUGCCCUGCCUUGCCCCUUCCUCCCUUCCUCCAGCCCACGCGGGGCAGAGGGGUGCAGCAGUGUGUGGAGAGGGUCUCUCUUAAAGGCCACGCUUCAAGGGGAGGAGGUUGGCUGCGUCCCUCACCAGCGGGGAGGGGGGGUGGCCCAGACAGCUCAAGUGAAUGUGUUGGAUGGAGAAUCACAGCCCCACAGGUCCCUGGUGCCGCCGGAGCCGUCCGCACUCAGGUGCAGCUGCCAAACCUUCGCUUCCCACUGUGCCCACCUGCUGCUGCCGCUGCCCUCGGUGACUCUUUGCUGCCCCUUGGCGCCCAGUGCGGCUGGGUGCCUGCCUGCCCACGCGCUGCCUCAGGAGUGCAUCCCCUGUGCUGCCCCUGAGCUGCACAAAGGCUUUGCCAAUUAAAGUGGGGGCUUCUGAGACAGUUGUGCUUUUGACUGGAUGAGCGCACGGGGUUGAGCCCCGGGCCCACAGAGGGCUGGGUGAGCUCUGGCCUGGUCUUCCUGAGUGCCAGUGUCCCUUCCUCAAGUCAGGUAUGAAAACACAAUCUCGGCUCUUCAAAGGCAAAGAGACCCCACGCUGCUGCAGCAGCAAGGCACUAAUGAUGGCUGCAGUCUUGUCCACAGUGGGCAACCUGCUUAUCCUGCCAUCCCAUCCCAUCCCAUCGCAUCCCUCUGCAGCUGGAAUGUGCUUGUGCUCUUGAGCCAAGUGUUUGGAGAGAGGGGUAAGGUCAAGGGAAGUGUAUGUUUAAUUGCCUUGACAGCAUUUCCUCCUUAGCACCCAUCAUCCCACUGCCCCUGGCAGCAGCCUCCUGCGUGGUGGUGCUCUCCCCAGGAAGGCUGCAGGGCUCCCUGCGGCUCCAUCGCACUGCCAGAGAAAUGGGGGCUGGUGGGACCACCACAUCCAGGUCGUGGGUCCUGUCACAGCACCGCAUCCUGCCCUCGCUCCUGGCUGUGCCCUGGGAGGCUCUUCCACAAGCAUCACCUCCUCUCGAGUGUGAACCCCGCCGGGGUCAGCAUGCACGCGCGUGCUCUGGCCUGCCCUGUGUCCCUGAGGAGUUCUGGCUCUCCCUCAGCGGCCCCUAGGAUGUGAGGGAUGGAGAGCCUUGUCCUCCUCAGCCUCUCUUCUGCAAGGUUAACCAACCUGAGUGCUCCUGGUUCCUUGCUUAGCCUUUUUGUGGCCUCGGGUUGUUUCUUCUGCUCUUUUCUGAUGCAGAGCUGCAUCAGGGCAGUUUGUGAGCAGAGCCAUGCUGGGGGGGAGGGAGGGGUCUGUCAUGUUGGCUGCUGAAAUCGUGAGCUGAUGCUCCAGCUGCGUGAGGUGAGUUUGGCUCCUCGUGAGCUGGAUGGCUGGCACAGCUGGACCCUGGGCUCCCAGGGUUUCCCUUUCCUCUUAGCCCAGACGUGUGCAGCUGCGCCUGCGAUGCUCCGUGUCCCCUGCGUCACUGCCCAGUGGAUGAGCUGAAAGGGAGUGUCUUGCAUUGCAUAACUGUUUCUGCCCCUUCUGGCUGGGCGUAUUCUCUCCUGAGAAGAGACUUGUGCUCGGCACCUUCCAGCCUGCCCAGUCUCUCCCAUGCAGCCCAGUACCUGGCGAGCAAAGGCACCCCAAGGUCUUACGCCCCCAAAUGCUGCUAACUGGCCUCUCCACCUUACAACGUGAUCUCCUAACAGCAGCGAGAAAUUGCAUUGGCUGGCAAGGACUGUCUCAGCUCCCCUGCUGACUUCAAAGCAAUUCCAGCCUCCAUCACUGUCCUCCCUGAGCCAUGCAGAGAGGGAAGGGAUGCUCCCGCAGCCCUCCUCACGCUGAGGCAGCCAGUGCAGGAACCGCUGCAGUGCAAAGGCAGUGACUCCACCAUUGCAGCUUGCUUAAAAUUGGGGCUGGGAGGAGCCACUUCUGCCUGUGCAAGCAGGCAGGCUCAGCAGGUUUGUGGCCCAGUAACUGGGAGGAUGCCAGCAAGAGGGACCGUGAAGACACUACAGUGUCUGCGCUGUGCUAGGGGAGAUGCUGCCACUUCCAAGAAGCUCAGGCCCCUCUGUGAGGACCUCCUCACGGCCACCGGUAGGAAAUGCAGAAGGAAGCGCUGGAAAUCACGUUCUUUUCUUUUCUGAGAGCUGGACACCUUCCCCCGGCUGCAUCACCCUCUGCCUGGGAGCAGGGCGAUGCUCGCGCUCUUUCUCCCACAUCCACUGCAGUGACCUGGUGAGAUGCAGCAGCAUCAGGCAAGGCUGAGAGCAGAGCUGGUGCCUGUCCCAUCAGGCCAGAUGUCCCAUUACCUUGCCCAGGAUGUGGGUGAGCUAGACUUGCCCUUUCUUCUGCCCAGAAGACUUUGUGUUCAAUUUACAUGGAUGGGAGAGCAUCUUGCCCCCUGCCCCCCCCUCCAGCCACCUGGACCCUGGGCACCAUGGGAAGGGGUGGCACAGGGUGUCCAACCCCUGGUUGGGCUUUGAGGGGGACAGAGGCACAGGACCGCCCUGCACUGCUCACCCUGCUCAGUGCUACUGGGGCUGUUGGGAAUGGGAAGCAUGGUGCACAAGUCCUGAGGCAUUAAAAGGCAGCCCAGGUUUCUGCAGGACUCAAGAAGACCCUGACGCCAUCCCUGCGGGGGCAGGGGGUCCCAGCUCUCCAAGCUGGCAUCCCUCCCCGCUGCACUUGGACCCGCGCGCCGCAUGCCCAGGCCGGCACCUCUGACAUGCUGGACGCUGCGUGGCUGCCUUGGCAGGGCCCUGAGCCCAGCCAGCCCCUCCUGCCGGCACAGCCCCCGAAAGCACCCUCAGGCUGUGCCCCUCGACGGGGCUCACAACUCCCUGCUCAGGCACCCGCGUGGCCGCUCGUCCCUGGCACAGAUGCCCAGGGCUCAGCCGCUGUCCUUGCUGUCUGCGCCUGGGGCAGGUGCCCUUGGCCAGGGCCAGCGGGAUGCUCCUGGCCCCGCCAGAAAUGCUGUGGGCUCUCUCCAGCGUGGAAGCAAGUGCCUGCAAGCAGCACCGCGUCCUCGGGUGUGCUGGGUCCUGGCCUGACUUGCCCUUGGCUGCCACACUAUAGGAAUGUGCCAGAGGUCUGUACCUUCUCGUUAUUUAUUGCUAUGACCGUGCCUUGAAUAAAAUGACUUCACCCA